AUGGCCAGCAUCGCCUGUGCCCCGCUGCUCUCGCUGCUGCUGCUCCUGCACAGCCCCGGCGCCUGCGGGGCCCCGCCGCAGCCCCGCGGCACCCUGUGCCGGACCAAGCCCACGGACCUGGUGUUCAUCAUCGACAGCUCGCGCAGCGUGCGGCCGCACGAGUUCGAGAAGAUCAAGGUGUUCGUGUCGCGGGUGAUCGAGGGGCUGGACGUGGGCGCCAACGCCACCCGCGUGGGCAUCAUCAACUACGGCAGCGCCGUGCGCAGCGAGGUCCCGCUGCACGGCCCCCAGAGCAAGGCAGCGCUGCUGCAGGCUGUGCGCCGCAUGCAGCCGCUCUCCACCGGCACCAUGACCGGCCUGGCCAUCCAGUUCGCCGUCAGCCGCGUCUUCAGCGCCGCCGAGGGCGCCAGGGCYGGCGCUCCCGACUUCAGGAAGGUGGCCAUCGUGGUGACCGACGGCCGGCCCCAGGACGGGGUGCAGGACGUGUCCGCCCGGGCCAGGGCUGCGGGCAUCGAGAUGUUUGCKCUGGGCGUGGGCAGGGUGGACAUGGGCACGCUGCGGCAGAUGGCCAGCGAGCCCCUGGACGAGCAUGUGGACUAYGUGGAGAGCUACAGCGCCAUCGAGAAACUGAGCCACAAGUUCCAGGAGGCGUUCUGCGUGGUGUCUGACCUGUGUGCCACGGGGGACCAYGACUGUGAGCAGCUGUGUGUCAGCACCCCGGGCACCUACCGCUGCUCCUGCAGGGAUGGCUUCAGCCUCAACAGCGACGGCAGGACCUGCUCUGCUUGCAAUGGGGGCUUGGGCUCUGCCCUGGACCUCGUGUUCCUCAUCGACGGCUCCAAGAGCGUGAGGCCUGAGAACUUUGAGCUGGUGAAGAAAUUCAUCAACCAGAUUGUGGAUUCUCUGGAGGUGUCAGACAGGCAGGCGCAGGUGGGGCUGGUGCAGUACUCCAGCUCCGUCCGCCAGGAGUUCCCCCUGGGCCAGUUCAGGAGCAAGAAGGACAUCAAGGCUGCCGUGAAGAAAAUGUCCUACAUGGAGAAGGGCACCAUGACGGGCCAGGCCCUCAAGUACCUCGUGGACAGCUCCUUUUCCGCCAUCAACGGGGCCCGGCCUGGCGUGCCCAAGGUGGGCAUCGUGUUCACAGACGGCCGCUCGCAGGAUUACAUCUCGGACGCUGCCAAGAAAGCCAAGGACUCAGGGUUUGAAGGUUGGAGUAGAGGGAUGGAAACAUCCUUGAAGGAGCUGCAGAAGGAGAUCUGUGUUGAGGAGGAUCCGUGCGAGUGCAAAUCUAUUGUGAAGUUCCAGACCAAGGUAGAAGAGCUCAUCAAYUCCUUGCAGCAGAAAUAUAUCCUUUGGAAGCUGUUUUUUUGCCAGAAUUUGGUGGAUUUGGCUGAUAUUUCCAGAGGGACAGUGGGAAAGGUCUGGGUUGGAGUUGAGGAAGGUGGAAAUGAGGUGCUGGAGGGGGUGGAUGUGGCACUCAGAGCUCUGGGCUGGUGCCAAG